AUGAAAUUCGCAGUCACAGUAUUGGCAUCAAUCCUAUUUGCUUGCUCGGUUACUACAGCCAUCCCAGUCAAUCCCAGCGCAACUACAAGUGCUGAAGCUAGUACUUUAGUCGUUAUUCCCAGUUCAAAAACUACACUUUCAGUUGAUUUUAGUAAACCUUCAAAAGAGGAUAUAGCUUUGAUCAAAGAGUACGUAUUGGUGAAGAAAGAUCGUGAUGAUGCGGAGGAAAUGCAUGAAUCGAUACAACUUGAAAGACUUGCUCAACAAGAAUUGGUAAAACGGCUGGAAGAAGAGCUUUCGAGGUUGCUAGGUAGAUCUCAGAGUAGCAAGAAUCCUCUAAAGUAUGGCGAAAAGCGCAAGAAACUUGAACAGAAGCUUAAACAAGAACGAGAAAAUCUUGAUGAACUUACUGGGAAGCUGUGGAAUUCCGAUUAUAGCAUUUUAAAUCGGAGAUUGGGUGGAAUCAAAAUAAAACUUGUAAAGAACUUGACUGGAAAAAUUCUGUAUCGACCAACCAGCCAUUACUUGAGAUUUUUGGAAUCAGAACCCAAGUUUAUGGAGCUCAUCAGCACAUUUGGCAAUUCCACACCAAGCCAACAGCCAGAAUCCGAGCAAGCCUCUACUAGUGGAACCCAGAAUCAAUUACAACAUCAUAAAACGAAACGUCUACAGUUUCAGUCCAACCCACUCAAACAUCAUCCAGUACAUAAAGAGCUUUCAAAUUCUCUCGUUCACAAAAAGCUUAUUCCAGAAUUAGAAAUAACCUCGGAUCAUUCAGGAAUCAACUCAAACAUGACGAUCCAUCCAAUUGAUUCGACUGAUUUGAAUGCUAAUCUAGAUUGA